GUUCGCAGUGUGUUUUUCACUUUAUUUUUACUACUUAUUAAUGUAAAAAUGUCUUCAGAAGACGCCACUGCUGUUUUUAGUAUUUUUGACUACGUUGUAUUUGCAACAAUGUUGAUUAUUUCUUCGUUGAUCGGUAUCUAUUUUGCCUAUUUUGCCAAAGUUAAGCAAAAUACGCCUUCUGAAUAUUUGAUGGGUAGCAAGUCUAUAGGAGUGCUGCCGAUGUCGAUGUCGUUACUAGCAAGUUACGUGUCUGGUAUAAGCUUACUAGGGUUUCCAGCUGAAAUGUACACCUAUGGAACUCAGUUGUGGAUGGUCCUAUCGACUCAGCCCCUGGUUGCAUUAACACUGAUGUAUAUUUUUUUACCUGUGUAUUAUAAAUUACAACUGACGUCCACCUACGAGUAUUUAAAUCUUCGGUUUAACCAUACAGUAAGGUUGCUAGGGUCCGUGUUGUUUCUAAUAGAGACGAUGCUCUAUAUUCCUAUAGUGAUUUACGUGCCAGCUCUAGCAUUCAACCAAGUCACUGGAAUAAACCUACACCUGAUAACUCCUGCUGUGUGCAUUAUUUGUAUUUUCUACACCACACUAGGUGGUUUAAAAGCUGUAGUAUGGACUGACGCAAUUCAGACAGUCUUGAUGUUUGCAUCCAUGAUUGUUGUUGUUAUCAUGGGCAUGGAAAGCGUUGGGGGGUUUAGCGAAGUUUGGAAACGAAAUCAACAUGGAGACAGAUUAGACUUUUUCAAUUUGGACUGGGAUCCUACGUUACGACACACACUGUGGACUGUUGCUAUUGGACACUACUUUUCUUGGUUGGCUACGUGCUCCGUCAAUCAAACUAUGGCCCAGAGGUUUUUAGCAAUGCCUACUCUUAAAUCGGCUAGAUUGACCGUCAUUCUCCUAGUUCUUGGAAUGUGGGGUUUGGUUUCCCUCUGUUGCUGUGUCGGUCUGAUCAUUUACGCCUACUACCAUAAAUGUGACCCAAUAACAAAUGGUUCAGUCGCCAAAUCUGACCAAUUAGUGCCCUAUUUUGUGAUGCAUGUCGCCACUGUCAUUCCCGGCUUGCCUGGACUUUUUGUCAGCGGAGUUUUCAGUGCUGCCCUCAGCUCCAUGUCCACCGGUUUGAACUCCAUGACGGGCGUCAUCUUCGAAGACUUCAUCAAACCCAAACUAAAAAAACCCUUGUCGGCAGCUCGAGCAAGUUUUCUCAUGAAAAUCAUGGUAGUGGUAAUAGGUACCAUCUGCGUUGCGCUCGUUUUCGUCGUAGAAAACUUGGGAAUGCUUAUCCAAGCUACUCUAAGUCUAGGCGCCAUCACAGCUGGACCCACUUUGGGGAUUUUCGUCCUAGGCAUGUUUUUUCCUGGUGCCAAUUCCAAGGGCGCUAUCGUCGGAGGAGUAGUCAGCGGGUCACUGAUCGGGUGGAUUUCUAUAGGCACCCAGAUGAAAAUGGCCCAAGGAGUUAUAACCUUUCCGAAGAAAAAUGUGUCGAUUGAAGGGUGUGACUCCUGGGUUUCGGGGUAUUUGAGUAGUGUUGUGGCACCACAAGUCGGCAAUAAGGAGGUCGAAUCGGUGUUUGCUCUGUAUAGAAUGUCGUAUAUGUACUAUACUGUGGUUGGUGCUGUGGUAGCGGUUGUUGUGGGGUACAUCGUGAGUUUGGUAACAGGCGGGACUGAAAAACAAGUUCAUAGGGAUUUGUUGUCGCCGAUUGUCCACAGGUUUCUGAAUGGGGAGCGCGAAGCUGACACUAACAACAGAAAAGAUUUAGUGAUGGAUACGGAGUUAACUUAGCAAUUUUCGUUUUUAUUUUCAGUUGUUCUUGUUGAUUGGCAUUUUUGUCACAUUUUAAUUAUAAAUAGAACUCUUGUCAGUAAUAAUAAAACGGUCAUAGUGAU